AUGGCGGCACUGUCAAAUGCUGCAAUUUUACAUGACCCUGCGUUAGUGGAGGAUUUUUCAGAGGUAAGAGAUACGUUGGCCGUACCGACUGUGAAUGCUGAUGAGAGCGUGUCGGGUAGCGUAGUUAUCAUGCGUCAUGAUUCACCUCAGCAUGUAGCGGCCACGGAACCGUUAGAUUUUGCCGAUGCGAAGGAGCGCAUCACUAGUUACACGUCGAGUCAUUACUCUGCUCCGGCAUCGGAUGACGAUGAAGAAGAUGAACUUGCGUCCGAAACGCAGAAUGCCUCGGUACAUGAUUACUUAAGUGGGCUACACAAUACUAGCAUUCAGAGAUCUGAAGUAAUGCCCGAUCCUGAUGGAACUACUGUUGGCCAUGAGAAGGACGGUAACGAUGAUGAGCGGUCAGGUGUAGAAAUGGAUUAUUCAGAUUCAGAUUUCGAGGAAGAUAUAGAGAAAAGAUUGCUAGAGCUAGACGAGCCUUCGAUAGGCGAUGAUGGUAGUGUAACGAUACUAAGGGAAGAAGGAAACUCGGGGAGCUCACAGUUCCCUGAACUGGAACUUUCAGAUGAAGAGGAAGAGGACCAUUUGCAUAAUGAUACUAUUUAUGGCGAUAAGUAUCCUUUGGAGGCGCAUCUCCAUCACAGUGGUGAAGAGGACAGUGAGGAGGAGGAGGAGGAGGAUGAAUAUAAACCGCUCCCUCCUCCACAAGAACUAGAUCCAGAGAAACUGUACGCUCUUUACGAAUUCAGUGGCCCUGAUACAUCGCACUGCCAAUUGGAACAGGAUGAAUCAUGCGUUCUACUGAAUGACGAGGAUUCAUAUUGGUGGUUAGUGAAGCGGUGCAGAGAUAAUAACAUCGGGUUUGCGCCUGCAGAAAUAUUAGAAACUUUCCCAGAGAGACUGGCCAGGUUGAAUUGCUGGAAAAAUGAAAAUAUUGUCUCAGAGGCAACCCAUUCUUCACAGUCACUCGAUGAUAUAAACAAGUUAGAGAGGGAGCAACAGGAAGAAAUAUUGAAACUAAUUCGUGAGAGGCCAUUACCAGCAGGACCUUACCAAAGCAAAAAUAAGUCUGUCAGUUUUAACGACAUAGUGAGUUACGCCAAUAGGUUUAUUGAAGAUGAUGAUUCAAACACCAUUAAUUCGGAUGAUGAUAACGGACAGGAUGAGCAGGCACAACAGGGAGGCGCUCCGAAUCAUUAUGAUGAGUUCACGAAAGAGCCGAUUCAUUUUGGUGAUGAAGAAAAGGAUCUCGAUGAGGUGAGUGAUGUGUCAUUUGCGACAGGCUACUCGCAGCCUUUGAAUGUAGCCAAGAUAAGGGAGUCUAAAUCAAUCAAAAACAUACAUGAUGCCAUCGAAGCCGCUGAGUCUUCAAAAACCCCAGAUUCGGAUACAUUUGCUCCUGUGAUAAUGAUAGGGUCUGAACAAGAACAACCGAAGGAAACCAAUGUAAACGAUACCAACACAAGCACUGAUGACAUUCAAAAGGUAUUCGAGGCACCAAUUUCUCCAUUUACAAACUCUAAGCAACGCGGGCUAGGUGUUUCGGAUUUUCCCUCAAACAACUCCGUUCCCACAAUUGGCGAGUACUCUCCAUCCUCCUCCGAGUUUAACGACUCCCCGGUCCUUCAAGAGUGUACUUUCACUGGCAGCACACCAGCUGAUGAAAAAGACCACAUAGAUCCAGAAAGUGGCAGUGAUGAUGAAGCUGCUAAGACAUUCAUCCCAUCUACAAAGGCAGUCCAGGAUAUUUCAAAACUAGUUCACAGUGGUGAUACUUCUAAUGUAACAAUUGAAGCGGAUGAUGAAGACACACGUCGUGGAACAUCGCAAUCACAGAACGUGGAACAAGUGGAUCAAACACCAGGCUCGCCGAAGUCGGACCAGACGUUCCAUAGCAACAACGGCGACAACAUGUCCGUCAACUCCAAAUACUCGUCCACAUCAGACGAAGGUUUCAAGAUGGAGUCAGGUGUACAUCAUUUACAAGCAUCUACAACAAGCAUCACCAGUAACAACUCUGCAUCAAAGACGGCCACCUUGGAAUUCGAUGGGAAUUUGGCAACAUCUGGGCACGAAGAAAGCCGUACGACUUGUGACCCAGACACAUUGAACGACAUCACUCCUGUGGUAUCAAAGGACCGUCAUCCUUUCAUUGACGAGCUAUACGGACCGAUCUUGACCAAGAUUGACAGUCUAAUGGCCAAAAUCGACCAGCUCGUUGCAUAA